GGUUAUGUUUAUAAAGUUUAAUACCGAGCCGGAACCCGCGUACAAUUAAUUUGUUACCUACUCUCAAGUUUAUUGAUAAAUAAAAAUGGAAACGGUCACGCACUUGUGGAACUUGACAAACGCUCUUGUCAAGACAGAGUCUCCAGGUGCGAAUAAUCUCAGGAAUCACUACAUACAAUGCUGUCGCGAUUUAAGCGAUAAAGUGGAAUUACCGAAAAACAAUUUCGGUCCUGGGACAAUGUGCUCUCAUUGUGGCACCUUGUGGAGGCCUGUAAAUACAACAGUGAGAAUCAAUAAAAGUAGAAACCACUCGAGGGGAAUUAGGAAAUUAAUUCGUCGUCGGGCUGACGAUGACUCUAGUUUAUCGAAUUUCAAGAGAAAAUUGUUAGACAAGUGUGUUAAAAAUCGAAAUAAUGAACUCGCGAUUACGUGCUCUGUUUGUCAUGAGAGGACGACAAUUAGUUUGGCGAAACCCAAGAGAGAAAAAUUGAAAAUUGAGCAUUUCGGGGAGGGCAAACUGCAGCAGGGACUCUUCAAGAAGAAGAAGAAGAGGAAGAGCAGGGAUAAGACAGCUGGAUUGAUCAUCAAUACGCCGACCAACUCGGUCACAAGUAAAAGAUCUUCGACGAAUGGCGACGAAAAAUCGACAGCUCACACUCCGCAGAAAUCGCAGGUCAAUAAGUUUAACAGGAAAGCACAGCCACAGGGGAUUACACCAGUGCAUCAACCGAAGCGAAUCAACAUUUCCAAGUUGAAGGCGAUGAUAGACACGACGAUGACGCCAGCGAAGAGGACAAGCUUGCAUGCAUUUUUGACUGAACUUUGUUGAUGCAUGAAAACUUGA